CGUCCGGCUUUCAGUUUUGUGAUGUGUACGACCCCCUGCACACCCCCCAUAAAGUCAUUUUGUUCAAAGCGGGGUGCACUCUCGCGAAGUCAACGCAAGAGAGAAGUUUUGCCAAAACCGACAUCGAUAGUUUUCGAAAACUAUCGAUACUGGCGACGGUUUUCAACUAUUGAUACUAUCGAUAGCAUCCCAGCUCUAACUCGUAUCGUUUCAUUCCUACGUGAACGUAAAAAUUUGUACUUAAACUGGCUGAACCAAUUAGAAAUGCCAAACUUAAAGGAUAAAUCGCAUACUGGCCAGAAACACCGGUCUAAAUCUUCUUCGCGAUGUACUGAGGAAGACGUGCGAAAAAAUAAUUUUGUGUCUAUACCGAAUACAAUUAAACUUAGCAUGCUGAACAGUGGGCUUCUUUCGUUUGAGAAAAUCAGAUUGGAAGCUAGAGAUGAGAACAACUCCUUUUCGAAAACUAUACCACACUUUCCAAUAAAUAAGGCGCAUUUUCUUAAGCUGUGCGAAUUACGUAGAAAAUUUCCUGUGCUUUAUAAACUUGAAUUUCAAACGGCUGCCAGAGUGGAAACAAAUAUGUGUAGACACGCAUUGAGGAAAAACAAUCAAGAAAAAAACCAGAACUCUAAAUGCAUUCCUUAUGAUUACAACCGCGUUGUCCUCAAAAAGACAUCAGGCGUUCCUGAUUCAGAUUAUAUUAAUGCUUCAUAUGUUGAUAGUCUUCUGAAGCCGAACGCAUAUAUUGUUUCUCAAGGUCCAGUUGAAGAAACUGUCAAUGCUUUUUGGCAGAUGGUAUGGCAAGAGAAUAUAAGUGCUAUAAUUAUGCUUACUAAGACGUUUGACUUUGCCAAAGUUAUGUGUGUUCAAUAUUGGCCUCCAAACAUGGAAGUACAUGAAACUUAUGGAGAUAUUCAUAUAAAUAUUGUACGCGAAGAACAGCUUGCUAAUUUUCACAUCAGAACUUUCCGCUUGUACAAAGUAAACGAAAUGAAAGAAAUUGCCGAUGAACGCCUUAUAUUGCAAUUCCAUUACACAGAGUGGUAUUCGCAUUCGUGCCCAUUUUCUAAUGCGAUCUUGGAAUUUCGACGUCGAGUACGUUUAGUUGUGGGAAAUAUCAUUAAAGGUGACGAUAUUAAGGGGCCAAUGCUCGUGCAUUGUAGCGACGGAGGCGGUAGAUCUGGGGUAUAUUUGUCUAUUGAUGCAAAUCUAGAAUUGGCGGAAGAAGAGGAAUGUUUCAAUAUUUUUGGUUAUCUGAAAAAACUACGGCAGUCUAGAAAGGGACUGGUAGAAAAUGUGGAGCAAUACAAAUUCACCUACGAUACCCUAGAAGAGCAUGUAAUAUGUGGAAGAACUUGGUUUCCUGUAUCCGAACUCUCCGACCGCUUAAAAGUUAAAGCCCGGAGAAAUCCUCUUACAAAAAUGAAUGAAUAUCAAUCAGAAUAUGACAAAAUUUGCAAGCAGACACCUCGAUUUACAAUAGGCGACUGCGCCGGGGGUCAUAGAGCUGAUAAUCGAGACAAAAAUCGCGAUGUGUUGUGUGUCCCUCCUGAUAAUUUUCGACCAUAUUUAACUUCUUUUCAGGGAAAUGCUUUUACCGACUACAUAAAUUCGGUUUUUGUGGACGGAUAUACCAAACCACGAGAAUAUAUAGUUACGGAAUGGCCACUUAAACACACAUUAGGUGAAUUUUGGUCUCUCGUCUACGAUCAAGAAUGCUCCGUAGUCGUUGUUCUAUGCCAACCACCUCUGAUCUCUCAGAAUUUCCCUUCAUUUUGGCCACAUAAAUCAAAAAUAGAGAAGUACGGACCGGUAUUCUCUGUUCAUAGUGUUUCUUCCAAAAGCUACGCUAAUAUUAAACAAUGGGAAUUUAAAAUAAAUAAAAAGAUUGUAUCUCUAACAGAAAUGAUGGCAGGUGUUAAAGCUCCCACCAAAACUGUUCAGUUAUUUCAACUCGCAUGUUGGCCAAUGGGGCAUAAAGUACCAACCUCCACCAACUCACUUGUUUACCUGAUGAAUAUGGUAGAGGUUUGGAGACAGAAAGUUGAUUACGGUCCCGUUUGUGUAGUUUCUCCAGAUGGUCGAAGUCGUGCUGGAGUUUACUGUGCAGCUAAUGCAUGUAUUGAACAAGUUAUUCAGCAUGGAGAAGUUGAUGUUUUCCAGGCAGUUAAAACGGUUCGCCGACACCGACCGCAACUUGUUGAAAAUAUGACAGAAUACAAAUAUUGUUACGACUUAGUUUUACAUUAUGUUCUUCAUUUUCUUAAAAAAUAAACGUCUAAUGUAGGUA